UUCGUUACUAAUUAGGAAAUCCUUGUGCAUCGGAUAGUAUGCAAUACUUCAGUGAACGUGUUGUUAAACUCUGUAGUUUAGGAUGGCAGCUGUAGUUGAUAUGUACUUUUGUGAGGCCAACUAGUUCGUAGAUAAGGUUUAAGUAAUUUGUCAAAGUUGCAUAAAGUCAUGAGAGCUCUUCGAAUUCACAAAUUUGGUGGUCCCGAUAACCUCAAAUUAGAGAAUGUUCCAAUCCCAUCGGUUGGCGACUCAGAAGUUUUGGUUUGUGUGAAUGCUGCUGGUAUAAAUCCAGUUGACACUUACAUCAGAGAGGGAGCAUAUGCUGCUUUACCCAAAUUACCAGCAAUAUUGGGAAGAGAAGUAGCAGGAAUAGUGGAAGAAGUUGGAGAGGGUGUGAAGAGUAUGAAGAAAGGAGAUCGCGUAUUUGCCUUGCUGACCGAGAAUGGUGGUUAUGCUGAAUAUGUUGCUUGUGAAGAAGAAAAUGUGUACCCUCUGUCAGAGAAACUGACGUUUAGCCAAGGAAGCGGUCUGUACAUCCCCUACUUUACAGCCUAUAGAGCGCUGGUUACAAAGUGUCACAUCAAGCCUGGAGAAAUCCUACUGGUACAUGGAGCAAGUGGUGCAGUUGGAAUCGCAGCUGUACAGAUUGCUAAGGCCUACGGUCUGAUCGUUGCUGGUACUGCCGGUACCAUAGAAGGAAUGGAAUUGGUGAAGAAAGUGGGAGCUGAUCAUGUCUUUAACCAUAGAGAAAAGGGUUACUUGAACAAUGCGGUAGCUGCGAUCGGUGGUCACGGGUUUAAUGUGGUUCUUGAAAAUUUGGCAAACAUAAAUCUUGGAGCGGAUCUAACGGUGCUGAAUCAACAAGCACGAGUCGCUGUGGUUGGAUGUCGAGGUACUGUAGAAGUGAAUCCACGUUCGCUUAUGUUAACAGAAGGAAGCAUAAUUGGCGUCAUGCUUGCUGGUGCAACUAAGGAGGAGACUCAAGAGACUGCAGAAGUGAUUUUAAAGGGGAUAGAGUCUGGUUGGGUAAAUCCAGUGAUUGCACGAGAAUACACGCUAGACGAAGCUGCGGAAGCUCACCAUGAUAUCAUUCACAAUAUUGGAGCCAGAGGAAAGCUAGUCUUCAAGCUGUAACCGGGCAAGCCCAGGAUCGGCUGCACGUACAGUGCGUACAAGGAGGUUCGUUCUUUCGUGUAUCGCCUCAUCACUGCAAGACACCAUCCAGUGGCCAUCUUCUCUCAGAUAAGACAAUGGAUGCACGCGGCUGAACAGUAUGAUCGGAGAUUCCGUCAGUGUUUGAGAAGUGUUAUGAAUUACGUCGUUAUACUUACCUGAAAUUACAUUGAUCACUGAAUGUGAGGUCCUCGAACAUUCAAGCGUACGAUUUCGCGCCGACGUGACAAAUUCUAACAAAUUAUAAUUUCAAUUUGCAAGGCCUCCAGAAUCUGAAUAAUUUAUGUAGAUUUCUGGCUUGAUAUUCCCCACCCUUCGGAUAAAACUCGCACACAUCCAGAUUAGGGAGUCUGCCGGAUGCAGUUUAUUGACUGAAAACAGCAACGUUCGGCCAGUAUCGGAUUUUCCGCGUUGUCUGCCGCGUGAAUUUUGUUAAUCGAAACGCUUGCAAGAAGACAUAAAGCGAGGCUGGACGAAUGAUCUGGUGAUGGAUUACCGAAGUCUUGGCGUACUUUAUGCGCGAUAGCCUGUACAAUUACUCAUUGUGGUGCUUUUAUGCGUCGCGUGUCCUUAUGUUAAAAUGUUCAAAACAGUAUGUACCUUUCUUGCGUACUUCAGAAAACCAAUGAAACGUCACCAAAAUAACGGGAAACUAAACCCUUCUUACGUUCUUCAAUUUCAUACUGAUCUGAACAUUAAGCAAAUCAGACGUAUUGCGUGCAGGAUAAUGCUAAUCUGAAAAUGGAAUACAGUAUUAUUAAAGUGAAAAUAAAACUUUUAUCUCAA